GCGUUAUCACCAUAAUCAUGACGGUGACGUCACAUUGAUAUUAUUGCAGUACAAAUGUUUCUUGUUUCUGUGUAGAGAGUGGGAGUGAUUUCAUACCAUACUUCGUGAGGUUCUGUGUUCAAAUGAUUUUAGCACAUUAGAUCGAAUUCUUAAGACUAUCAGAAUGUCGUUUGCCGGUUUGAAGAAACAGUUUAAUAAAGCCAACCAGGUAAUUUAAUUAUAAAUGAAUAAAUGUUAUAUACUAUACACUGAUAACUUCGUCGUCGAGUCGAACGGAUCUUCCUUAUUUAUACAGUCUUAUAUAGUAUUAUAUAGCGUUCAUCAAGUCUUGUCUUCAGUGGAACGUCAAUUGUCAAUAGGGCCCACUCUACGAUUUAGACUUUAGAUUUAGCCUGGCUACUCUUAGACUUGACUAAGAUACCAAGUACUAAAUUAACGAAGUCUAAAUUAUAAAUAUAUCAUGUCUGAGUCUGUCAAUACAUGUAAUGUAACACUGAAUAGGAAGAGUAUAAUUAGUAGGGGUGUGCCGGAUCCGUUUUUUCCAACCGGAUCCGGAUUUUCUUAUGCGAAAUCCUCCGGAUUCCGGAAUAAUCCGGAUUCCAGUUUCUCCCGGAUUUUGGUACUAUUGGUAGAUACUUCGGUAAGUCAAGGUGGACUACUACUUUUUGUGAAUGGGAAUUCGCAAUCGGCGCCAAAAAAUCCGAGUUUUUAAUUUUCCGAUGUGUGUGUCUAUUUAUUAUUAAAUUAGUACUUUCGAUAUAUAUUUGAGUUCCGUUCCAUUUGGAUAUGUAUCUUACGAGAGACGCCAUGUUUCUACGCGUUCGCAGCAGGUCAUGCAGCUCGCUCAACCUAAUUUCGCCAUGGGGUUGGCCACGCCCCCCUUUUUAAUGGCGGAAGUUGACGAUACUUAGGAAAUAUUAAUUUAUUAUCACUAUUUACAUCAAAAUAAUUGAUAACUUGUGUUUCAGAAUGCAUUUAAAGACAUUUAAACUGGAAUGUUUUAAUUUGAGCUUUAACAACCCGGUAGAAUCCAUAUUAUAAAUGAUCAGAAUUUACCGUGUGCAACACGUUGUCAUUGGCAACCAUUCACAGCCACUUGCAUAACUGUAUCGUAGUACUACCUCAGAGUUUCAUUCAUAAGAGUUUGCCGUGUGCAAAAACUAUUAAACCAUUGGUCAGGGAAAGCUUUAAUUAAUUAUUCAUGUGCCAAAGUUGAAAGUUUAAACUAAGUCUAAACAGUAUUUUAGUGAUAAGGCAGGGAAUGCGUUGCCUUAUAUAAACUAUAUAGUCAUUGCGCAUGACGGGAUUGGCGGAAUGAGAUCACAGAAUGUGGAGAUGCAGUCCAUGUUAAAAAAUGACAAACCAAGUCGUACUUUAAAAAUUCAUAACUUUAAAACUACAACAGCUAAAAAUAUGAUUUUGGUGUUAUAAUUCUUUAAAAAAUUACAUCUUUUCAACUAUGCCAUUGGUUUAUUUUUACAAAAAGUUUAAAUUUUCUUAUCAAAGUCCCUACACUAUUGGCCACUAUUAGCGGUGCUGACUCUAGCCUCUGGUAUGUACGGAAUAUUAAACAUUAAACAAGCUCAACGCUCGAAACAAUCGAUUAAUGUAUCGUGAUCGUGUGGAAUUCGGGAAAGAGAAUUACUUUUAUUUCAGAUUAUGAUCCGGUGAGUCACAAAAUCUGGCAAAUUCCGAAAUCCGGUAUAUUCCGGAUUCCGGAAUCCGGUUGUUCCGGAUACAUGUAAAUCCGGCGGAACCGGAUUUCACCGGAUAGUGCAAAAUCCGGCGGAACCGGAUUCCGGACAGGACUCCGGCACACCCCUAAUAAUUAGUAGUCUUUUAUUUUUAUAUUGCUACAUUAUUAUAAUUAUAACAAAUUAUAGUUUAUAGUAGAAGUAGAAGUUGGUGUUAGAGUAGAAGUCUGUAGAAGUAGUAUUCUCACACUUGAAAUUAUGUAUUCUUAUACCUGCCUUUUUUAGGAGGCUAUAAGUAGGUAUUUCGGUAAGAUCCGGGAAGUGCCGAAAACCGGGUAUCGUGAUUUCGUUGUCAAAAUGGCGACCUCCACUUUUUAAUUUACUGAGAGUCACGUUGUUUACGACUUUUUAACUAUAUAUAGCCCAGCAUGUUAAUUCUAUUUCCGCCCACAACUUAGAGUAGACAUGUUGUGUUAUGAUUAGACACUUGAGUCCCCCCAAAAAAUUUUGGGGCUUCACUUUGAAAAUUGAAUGUAAAAUAACGCAAUUUUUACUCAUUCAUAUUUUUUUUGUGGAAAAGAACCUUUCAUAGAAUUUCAAGGACUUUAUAAAUAAUGGCAUUAACUACAACAUAUCCAAGACUGUUAAUUUAGGACCAUCAGUUUGGUCAGAAAUUUCCUGGGAAAUUUUAAUCACGUGUGUCCCAAAAUUACCUUAUUAUCGUUAAUAUUCGUUGCUAUGGUAAAUAACCUGAUUUACUCUGGAAAUCCAGACUAUUACCCCCUAAUAACUUAUUUAGAAAUAAAAAUAAAAUAAUUAAUAAAACAAACACAUAUUUUUAAUAUGAUUUGAUGCUUUUAUUGAGGGAUAUUAGGUUAAAAAAGCCUAAUUAAUUACAAUUAAUAGUUAACUAUUAGUUUUAUAUACUGUUGUUAUAUGUAUACUAUUAACUAUAUAUAUACAUAUAAUAUAUAUACAUAUAUAAUUAUAUAUAUGUGUGUAUGUAUAUAUAGAGGCCUAGAAUAGUAUUACUAUUAUAAGUGUAGGCCUAUCCACCUCCCCCCUCCCCACCAAAUAGUUUUUUGUAGGACCCAUUAUUCAUAUGUAAUGAUAUAUAUGGUGAUUCUUAAGGCAUAAAUUAAGUAAAAGUGUACAAAAAAUAUUCACUUACCUUUGGUAUUGAAAUAUCCUAUAUUAUAUUUAAUCACAUAUCACACUAUUCCAAAAGAGAAUUAUCAGUAUUCUCAAAGAAAAAAACACACUUUCUACCACAAAAAUCCAAGAAUUACAUGAGAUAUUACUAAAAUUUAAUAAUAAAACAUUGUAAUUACCUCAAGCAAAUAACUAGAACUUAUUUAAAAUUCUAUCAACAGCUAAAGUUGAUUCUAAUAAUAAAUGUUGAUCUGUGAAACAACUGUACUAACUUAAAAUAAAUGACAUACUAUUUUUUGUCAUAUUCACACAUUCAUAUGGUAUGGGACUAAAAUACAUUAUAUAGAAAAUGGUAAAAUAAAAAGUUUAAUUGUCAAUUUUAACUUAUUGAAACAAAUAAUCCCUUUAUUAUUAGUAUAUACUUAUAAAUUUUAAACAAUUCCACAGAAAAUUUGAAAUUAAUAUCUUAAGAAUAUUUUAUUAUUAUUAUGAAUUUUGGGAAAUUGAAAAAAAAUAUUUAUACAUAAUUAAUUAAUUAAUUACGAAUAAGUGACGAGUCAGCAUAUUUUAUAUAUUUUUAAUAGGAAAAUAAUAAAGAUUUUUAAAAUAAUUUUUGCGGAAUAUUAACAAAAACUAACUUAUAUUUUGUGGUUUUAUUUAGAAGUACUCUAAUUAAAAUAUGUUCCCUGUAAAUAUUAUAUUUUUGUGUCAUUUUAUAAUAAAGUUAUAGGCCUUAAAAAAAAAUCAAAAUGAGGGUCACGAAAUGUGGAGGAAAAUUCCAUAGUAAAAAAGUGCCUUUGAGGUCCCUACUAAAAAAUUCAUAACUUUUGAACCACUUGAGCUAGAAAGUUGAUCUUGGUGUUUUUGUAAUCUAUUCUCCAGGCUCUAUACGGCUGUAGUGUUUUUAUAUUUUUAAAAAUGUUUUGAAAUUUUAAUCAAAGUGCCUACUAUAAGGGCUAUACUAUAUUUUAUAUGUCAAAAUAUAGGCAGCAAAAUAUAUUAUAAUUUACAAUAGGCUAAUUAAUAUAGGCUAAUAUCCAAUUUUUAAGAGAAGUCAUAGAAUUGAUACAUAAAAAUAAAUAUUUAUAAAUAUUUCAACAAAUUUAGGCCUUCAUUACAAUUAUAUAAUAUAGCCAAUAAAAUUGGUAAAUAGCAUUAGCCUUGCCUUAGACUAGAAGUUAGACUAGGGACUUGUAUUUUAAAAUUAAAAUGUUCCACAGGGCGGCACAGGUGAACUGUCAUUUCUGGCACUUUGAAAUACACAUCAACAGCUUAAGAUUUAAGUCUAAAAUCGAUUCCUGUCAUUGUAGCCUACCGAUUCAUUUUAAGUUAAUGUUAAUGGUCAAAUGGUCAAACAAUAUGACAAUAUUAAAAUUUUGCUUGAACUCAAUGAACCAAAAUGUAUGCAGCUUUAAACGUUAAAAUUUCUUGAGUAGGGCUUACUCCUUCAUUUAAUAGGUGUGAGAAUCACUGAUAAUGUUCUUGUUUUAUUUCUCUGUUAUUAAUGCAAAAAAAAUUGUUUGCUUUUUUAAUUAAUAAGCUGUAACACCACUUUAAAUUUGAGCUUUAUAUCCUUAUCAUUCAAGUUAAGAUUAUUUUUUCACAUUAAAACUGCACGUUUUUUAAAAUUUAUAUAAGAAAAAAAUAGUUUCUUACAUUUAAAAUAAUAUUUAAAUAAGAAAAUGCUAUUCUAAAGCAUAUUUUAUACUUUCAUUAUAUUAAUAUAUAAUAUCUUCAACAAAUCCUGUACAUAUGAUAUUUUUAAAUCAAUAUAUAUAUGGGUGAAAGUGAUGAACUGAAAAAUUGGUUACAAAAUGUGGUGGAGAACUCAAUGGUAAAAAAAAGUGACUUAAGGUCCAGACUAAAAAAUUCAUAACUAUUGAACCACUUUGAAGUCUAAAAGUAAAGACUAAAGACACACAUAAAAAUGUAUAUUUAAUGACCUCAUGAAAAGCUUUUGUACUGCCAUUAUUUAAUUGCUAUACCCUUAUUUGCUAAUAUUUAUUUCAAUACUUUAAAAAAUAUUUAUAGUAUUUUUUUUAAUGUUUUGCAUUAAUUUGAUUAGGCCUAUCAUUAUUGUGAAAUAAUUAUCCCUACAGACAUUCAUAAAUAUUCACUAAAUAAAUGACUUUUACUUUUUGUAAUAAGUUUUAUAAGUGGCAAUUUUAAAUAGUUCUUUCAAUUUGACCCUUCAAAAUAAUAAUUAGUAAUUAUGACAUAUUCUCAAUUAUAGACCUAAUGAUAAUCUACUAAGUUUUAUUCAGAUGAAUUGUAAAGAUGAUGGAGCAUUGUAAAUUUCUUAACUAUAAUAUCAUUAAUAACGAAAGAGAGGGAAAAGCACUUCUGGCAUGCCUUUUAAAAACAUGGCUGACUUCUUGUUGUUUUUUCAUAAAGGAAUCCACUCUAAGUCAUUGAUGAUGAAAUCCGUCUAUUUAUAAACUGUCAUGGGGAAAAGGAAAAUAACACGAAAAUUCACAUGCCACACAACCAUCUAGAAUCUAGGUCAUUUUUCCAACCUGUGCGGAAUGAUGCGCUGAAGUAUGGAAGUACCUACUAUGAGUUCAUAUUUUAACUAGCCUAAUUCAAUUGAUAGCUGCAGUUCAUGCUACCAAUGCAUCCCUAAAGUCUAAAACCUAGAAUAAUCUACUAAAUCAAGUUAUUAACAAGGCAUAAUUAUAUACUUAUAAUAACCAAUUAAUCUAUUGGCUAUUCUAAAUUUAAUAUAUAUUUCUAAGUUCUAGUAUCAACUAGUCCCAAUGCCAAUGCCUUAAGCUUAAUUGUCACAUCUCUUGUUUUUAGCAUAAACUAUCUUCUAUAUCAUCUCUUUUUUCUAAGCAAAUCAUCUAUUGUUUUUGAAAGCUAGUUUUAGUCUUGUUACUGUUUUUACAAGGAUUUCCAUUUGUUAUGCACAGCAAGAUUAUAAUCACAUAAUAUUGUAUUAGAUCAUUAGGGGUGGUUGAAAGUUUAUGUAUUUUAGAACUGACAAAGCUACUCUCUCCACUUACAUUUUGAUACCCACAGUUUUUAUCAGUACUUGGCCUCUGUGCAGCCUGUGGUAUUUAUUUACCACCCGUAAAGCAUGUGCUUGGAAAACAUAUAUUUAUUACUAGUGUCCAGAUUGGAUUAAUGCAAUUUGCACCUACACAAACGUGUUUAUUGAUAAUUAUAGUAGAAUACAGGCCUGCAAAGACACAGUAACUUAGCAUUUCAUUUUAAUUUGCACUCAUCUAUUUUAAAAAGACAAAGAUUCCAGUCCCCCCCACCACUUCUUCUUGUGAACUAACAUCAAUCCAGCAUGCUGUAUGGUUUGGCACGUUGUGAAGUGACUAUGAAUGACUACCUUUUUUAUACAUUAUACUGUAUUUUAUAAAUCUUUACAGUCUUUUAUUCAACAAAUAAUGUUUUUAAAAUUUUUGCAAUAUUUUAAGAUUUGGUAAAAAUCUGGUUAUAGUUGAACAUUCUUAAUUUUAAUUAUGAAUUAUUUAAGUUUUAAAAUAUUUCAAUGUUAAUUCACAUAUUUCAUUUAAUGAUAUAAUACAAAUUAAUUUUUGGUAUGAAUUAAUUGCAAACUUAAUAAUUUAACUUUCUUUUAAAUAUGGGCUCAUUCUUUUAUAUCAUCACUUUGACCAACUUGUCUCUAUACAUUAAGUUGUUAAACGUUAUAGUUUUGUUUUUUCCUAAGAUAACCCUUACACAAUUUUUAUUAAAUAUUAUUUUGUUAAGCAUCAGACUCUUAUCAUUUACAAAAACUAAUAAUUCAAAUCAGAUUGGCUAGUUAAGUGUUCUUUUAUUUCACCAUACUGCAUAAUAAUUAUCCGAGCCAAUUAAAAAUUAAGAUAGUUUUCUCACUAAUCUUAUUCUCUAUCAGUUUUCAUGAUCUGCAUCUAUUCUAUUUUUAAACUGUUAAAAUUUAAAGCUAAGGUGACCAAAUUUGGAUUAGAAAGUUUGUUGAUAUUGCAGAACGGAGGUGACAUAAAAUAUUUUUAGUUCUAGAAAUGAAUGUCAAGAGACUGUAAUGUAGCAAAGCUUGUUCGUUUCUGUGUCUUAAUUAAUUUCACUUUAAGUUAGACAACUUUACUAUUUAAAGCAAACUGUUAUUAAAACAAAUGGCUUUCUCUCCUGUAUUCCUAUAUUUAAAGCAAACUGUUAUUGGUGGCUUUAAAACAAAUGACUUUCUCUCCUGUAUUCCUAUAUUUAAAGCAAACUGUUAUUGGUGGCUUUAAAACAAAUGACUUUCUCUCCUGUAUUCCUAUAUUUAAAGCAAACUGUUAUUGGUGGCUUUAAAACAAAUGACUUUCUCUCCUGUAUUCCUAUAUUUAAAGCAAAAUGUGUGCAGUUGGGCUGAUGCUGCUUCCAUUUUCAUUUCAGUAUAUGAGUGAAAAGAUUGGAGGUGCUAAGGGAACAGAGCUUGAUGAUGAAUUUGUUGAAAUGGAGAGGGUAAGAAUACACAUUCUUCAACCAUUUAACUGUCUUAAAUUUAAUCACCUGCUUCAUUCUCUUUAGGUAGCCCUCUUACACUUGUUUACUUAUUUAUUAUGGAAUUCAUACAAUAUGUUAUUGUCUGUUUUUUAAGUGUUUUCUCCAUUCAUUUUAUUUUCUUGAGUUAGUUUUAUUACUGUUGUUCAUUUUAAUUUCAAGGAAGAAAGGAAAGCAUUGUAACAUUGAGGCUGUUGUGUUUGAAGACUAUAAGCCUGUUAGCAGAAAUGGUUUUAUUAUCCUAUCCUGAAGGUUUAUUUUUAUGAAUAUGAAAUUCUUUUAGUUCCUGUCCUCCACCCAUUUUACAUUCCCCACCCCAACCACAUUGAUCACUUUAAGUGUUUGUUUUUGUGCAUUGUUUAUGGUAAGCAGUCUAAUAUAUUUUGUUGUUUAAGUUAAGUAAGACGAAUGAUGACUUUUUUCUUGUGGGUAUUUAAGUGAAAACAAUUAUUAAAUUCCCUGUGAGUCAUUACGGUAGUCCGGUAGUCUACAUAUUCGUGAAGCUCAUUUUUUUUUUUUUGUCAUUUGUUCCCAUACACCUUAUCUAUAAGUUACUUUCUUGCAUGCAUUCUUCCAUUCUUUGGACCACAUCUGUCAAUGGCGCUCUUUAUUGUCAUUACAAAUAAAUUCGUGAACACUCCCCCCGCCCCCUUUUCCCCCCAGUAAAACCUAAAAUUUUCAGCGCUGAAAAGUUUUCAGUUUUCAGCGUUUUAAUAUUGUUGGACAUCCACAACACCUGUAUUCAGUAUUCAGCCUAUUUUUUGUUUUGCAUUAUUAGCAAAAAAUGGACAUGUUAUAUAAAUGGGUUUAAAAUUGUUUGAGUGGGGUGGGGGGGGGGUGCAAUAUUUCCAUCUUAUUUUUUUUUUGUGUGUGGAAAAUAAAAACUUUGUACGGGUGCAGCAGUUCACGGCAAUUUGUUACGAAGUUAAAACUAUCUGACAAGAAUGACCCAUUUACACCUGGUGAUAUGCAAGCACCUGGUUGAAAAUGCAAGCUGGAGUGUUGGCUGUAUGGUUUCUUCUCCAGCAGUUGUUCCCUGUCACUAUCCAUGAUUAAUUAAUUCAACACCUCUGCACUAGGCUUAUUGCAUCCCGCGACCAUAUGUUGGGAAUGGCACGACUAUGACAACACCACGACCAGCUUCAGCGAAUCAUUUAUAAGUGUGCCUCAAAUGGACAGAGUGGGCAGUUGCUUACUAAUGAGCUGAAGUACCGUCUCCGGUUUCUUAUUCACAGUGCGAUGUAUAUCUGUAGUGGCCCAAGUUAAACUCGGCAUAAUUAGAACCUCGACUGAACUUGUCAAAAUCGUGAACCCCGACAGAGUUAUAUAUAGUCAUUCAUUUCUCCCAGCUGGUCGCUUGCUUCGUAAUUGACCGUAUAUUUAACUGAUGAAUGUAAGGUUCUCGUCAGGUGAUAAUUUACUGUAUAUGCUUUCUAGGCACUCGCAUUUAAUUGAGUUCGGAUGUUAACUAUUCGCAAGCCGGAGUUCAAUAUAGAUAAUUUACGUUAACUUCUGCAAAAAAAAAUUUUUGGUUCCCCCCUCCUUUGCCAAGAUGGAAAAGAAAACCUAUAUUUCCAAAGCUAACUUUCUGGAACUGUUUAUUUCCGUGUAGCCUGUGUACUUUAUAAUUAUUGUAAAAUCCUGUUCAACAAUUAAGUUUCAGACUGAUAUCACCCACACCUUUUACAUAUCCUUCUUAUUGACAUACGCACCGUGUACUUUGUGAUUUAUUUUCUUCCUUUUGCGAGCGUUGUCGCAUUAAGGACGUUACCUUAUACUACAGAACGCAGUGGAUUAUGUUAUGUGGAUCAUGAUCCAAGAGGUGCUUAUGUGGUGUGUACAGCGAAGAAAUGGACGGCUGAAGUCACGGAUGGCGGCUUGCCGUCAUGCCCUAGAUUCCCAAUUAAGCACAGCCACAGACUAUAACAAUAUGACAUGACGCGUUCGUGGUAGAUUAUGAAACAAUCUCUGCGCCGAAUAGAGAUAAAAAUCCAUGUCUGGUCCAGGGAUAUGUGGGAUGACAUGAGCCCCUCUUAAUUUGUGUGUAACAAAAAUUACAUAAAUAUAAAAAUGCGGCUUCAUUAUUUUUUUUAUAUUAAUGUUAAAUAUCACGUGGCCCACUUCGUUUUUUAGUGCAUUGGUCUCAUAUUUGAAUCUACCUCUGGUGUUAAUACUGCUCAAUGAUAAUAUUGUGAAUGUUAAAUUAAAUUAUAAUUUAAUCACCUUUUUUUAAAAAAAAAAAAAAAAAAAGCACUGAUUCCUGGCACACACCAUUUUUUGAAGUCAAUUAGGGUUGUAAAAGAUCUAAUGUUCAACUUAGUAAUCCGGUAUGAACAUGCACUUCCAAUGUGCCGUUGCAAAACAAAACAGUAUUGUAGAUACUUGUAUGACACCUUGCAUUGCAGUUUUAUAUUUUUGGACGCAUAAUAGAGAACACACAGUGGCUUAAUGAUGACUGUAGUUCGUUAUGAUAUUAUGAAUGGUGGUUACAGAAUGUUUUUGUUUAAUGUUUUGUUAUUCCUUACUUAAUCGUGUGUGUUUCCUUUAUUAUAACUAUAAUGUUUAUAGCUCCUGUAUUGCUGAAAUAUCAGACUGUAGUAGUACUAUAUUUCAAACAAUGUAAAUGGAACUAAUAAAGUUUAAAUUAACCCUUAGAUACUCAUUGCUAUUGGAACACGGCUUCGGACAUUAGGUUCAACCAGAAAUGGCAUAUUGAUACAUAAUAAAGUACCCAUCGCAGAGCCAACGUUUUUUUUUUCCCAUAUAGUUUUACGCGUCUCCAUGCGUGGUGGGUGUAUUUGUUUUGCGUGCAGUGUUAAGAAUGUGCGGUCCUCAUUGAUUUUUAUUUGGUGGACCGGUUCCUUACCGUAGCCUUGAUUGAUUUUUGAAUGUUUGUAGCUUUAAAACAGCUUGCCACACCGUUGACAACCCAUCGAGGAUUGGCAUCCCUGUCGUGUCUUUUCAAUGGCCCCCCACUUGUUUCACGCACCCGCAUCUGUUCAGCCAUCGAAGAAUUAGGCCAUUGUUAGUAAGCGCACAAGGAUGGAUAUUGCCCUGAAGUUUUACACAAACAAUUGUUUGGUUUUGAUGGCGGGUGCAAUGAUAAGCUCGUUGUAUGAAACACGAAGUCUGGGCGUGAAGAAUCUGAAAUCCACGGUCUCUUCCACAGUAUUUCUUAGUCACGUUUGUCGCAAAGAUGAUUAUUUUUCCGGGUUUCUCUAGGGCAGGGGCUCUUAAACAUUUUUUUUCCCCAUGGGCCCCAUUGCCAGUCACUAUAAAGGCCACGGAAUUCUUCUUAGAAUAAAGUGUUUUAAUGCGCAUAAGUAAAUUACAAAUAGGAAAGGAAUAAUAAAAAAAAAAAAAAGGAUGGUCAAACCUGAAAAAAGAAACGCAACAAAACAACGAACGUGUCGACAGGAAGCCUUCCGAGAGGCAUAACCGAACUGCACUUGGUUAACUUUGGGUGCUCCUUCUCAGCGAAGUGCUAUUUUUUACAUUUAAUUCUGAUUUUUUUUUCUUUCUUGUUUGUUCGCUGACGAAGCUUCCUGCCGACACGUUCGUUUUUUUUUGUUUUUUUUUUUUUUGCGUUCCUUUUUUUCAGGUUUGACCAUACUUUGUUUUACUUGCCUCAUUUCCUUUUUUGUCAACCUGAUUGUUUUUUUUUCUUUCUUGUUUGUUCGCUGACGAAGUUUCCUGCCGACACGUUCGUUUUUUUUUGUUUUUUUUUUUUUUGCGUUCCUUUUUUUCAGGUUUGACCAUACUUUGUUUUACUCGACUCAUUUCCUAUUUUGUCAACCUGAUUGCAUUCUCUCCUCUCCGCUUAUUACCAUAAUUAAAUUACAAAGGAAAACCUUUUCGCGGACGCUAAAGGGGUCUGUGGAUCACAAGUUAAGAACCUCUGCAGAGUUUGGUCCUUUUAGCCUUGGUCCGGGAGGGGGGGGGGGGUUGGGGGUGUCGUCAACUUCAUGUAAAUUUAAACUCCGGUACUGCGGUGCUCUUUGUUGUUCACUGUUGCCUAGGCCAGCAUGUCUCAAUGUGGGAUGUAUGCCGCAGUUCUCAGGGCCUGAAUCCUUGGUUUUGUUUUUAACUACAUCAGCGUUGGGCCCCGGAAGUUUAAUCAUUAAUUUGAGUGCGUCUUAAGAUUAAAGGGUUGAAACCCCCUGAACUACGUGUACAUUUAAAGUCAAUGCACGUUUGCUUCAUUUGAAGAGGACCAUCAAUCACCCAAUGAAUGGUUGAUGCAUCAGCCGUUAUUUUUUCUAAAUUAACAUAGCGUCCAAGUAAACGUUGGCAGCCCUCGUCUUGUCAAGAUGAUGUCAUUUCAGUUCAGUUGGUAGUUGGGCUGUGGAGAGCGAUUUAACAUUAAAAAAAUCUAAUAACAAAUGCAAAUUGACCGCGAAUAGUGACGUUACUAGGGUUGAUAAACUGGGGGUUGUUGGGGGGGGGGUAAGCUGAAUGUCAUAGUUAAAUGUAUAUUAUUGGUUUUGAAGAUUGCCGUGUAGUAUAUGUUUUUAAGACCACUUCCACUUUUUAACACGCUUUUUAUUUAAGUCGUGACGAUAAAUUGACGCAGCGGGGCUGUCUAUGUAUGUGAAGCAUUACACGACCUCUAACUGUAUCUGUCGAUGUCUAGUCGGUAUACAUUUAUCAAUGCUCUAUGGGCUGGAAAACCAACACGACCCCCUCGACCAAUGCUCGGACCUAUCACCAACACGUGUCGCCUAAGUAGGUCGAUAUACCGAUCGAACUGCACUUGGUUAGCUUCCUACGCCCGUUCUCGCCCCCCACCCUCCCCACUGGUUAUUUCUCAAGACAACGAUUCUCACCUAUAUAUUGGAAAUCUUUUUUCUCCUUUCUCCGUUCGAUGACUUUUUACCUCUCUUCUUUUUCUUUCUCCAUUCGACGACUUGCCGAGUACAAUCAAAGCCCGAUUUGGAGAGAACUUGGACGUUACAAGCAUUUAGUCAACAGCGUCGAAUUCUUGUCUUUAAACAACAAAAAAAAUUUACGGUGGUGGGGAUAGUAACUAACUGUAACUCUUACGGAAUAGGUGUCAGUUUUUAGGAAAGCCACUUUAAUUUUUAAGCAGUGGUUGUGGAUCCAAGAUUGUUUUUAAGAAAUAAAAGAUAAUCCUUUGGUCUCUUGUCAUGUGCCAGAAGAUUGCACGUUUGUGGGUAUUAACUUCCCUUGUCCUUCCACCCAACGGUGAGAGGGGGUGUGUGUGCGUGUCAUAAGAGGAUGGGUCUCAGAUUGUGUUCCAGAGAAGUGGGUGUUUUGAAUUGUGAAUUGGUUUCAUGUUCAGGGACACAUUCUUUAACAAGAGAUAUAGAAACCAUCGCCUCAAGUGUUCCUCAAGGAGUUAUUGAUAUUCCAUUAAUAGAUUUGAUGUUUAAAAUAUUUUGUUCGGACCGCCUCCACAAUAAAAGUUGAUAUUUUAAAAAAACAAUAAUUACGAGAAGUGAUAAGUCAGCUCUUAUUGCAUUGUUUGAGCUUGCCUGGAAACUGUCAACAUUGGAAAUCAGGGAAGGUAAACUUGGGGCCAUUUCCACAUUUGUUUAUUAGCUCUGUUUUGUUUGCCUGUGAUUUCAACAAAGGGCCUUUUUCCCUCCUCACACAUUUGGUCAUUAGUCCUACAUACUGUUCUAAUUUAGGCUAAGGGAGGUCAACAUUAGGAAGAUUAUUUGUAGCAGGUUUCAAUGAGGUAGUUGAGAUUAGAUAAACGCAUAUCUUAUCUGAGAUUGUAUCAACAUGCAUUGGCAAAACAAAAAUAUGCCCUUAUUUUGUUUACAUUUACAAUUUUGUUUAAAAUUUUGUUUAGAUUUAGCCUGUCUGAAGUGUAAAUAUUAGGUGAUUCAUACUUUUGGUUCAUAAUAUAUUUAUCAUGACUAGUUAAAUUAAUUACCUAAUUAAUGAAUUAUCUUUUUUUCAAAUGAAAAGGUCCCUUCACAUGAUUUUUUUGGGUGCAAUUUAAAGGUUUUUUUUUGUCGGUUUCACUUUUUCAGCGCAUUGAUGUGCUGGGAAAAUUGGUGGAUGACCUUAUUAACAAAACACAUGAAUUCCUGCAACCCAAUCCAGGUACAAACUUGGAUAAUAGAAUUUUAUUUUGUUUAAUUAAAUUGCUAUAAUUUUUAUAUCUGGCCACUAUAACCAUAAGCACUGGCCACUAUAACUGUAAGCACUUUCCCUGAAUCUGGUUUUAUGUUUUAUUUUAGUUCAUAGCAUCUAACUUACGUAAACCAGGGUUUACCUGUAAAGUUGCAUUAUGCUGUUAUGAGUUUUAUUAUAUUUUAGAAUACUGACAAUUAAGGAUGGGAGUGCUUGAAAUUGUGUAUGAAAACUUUUUUAAGACUCUGAAAGUAAAAAAAAAAAAAAAUCAAAUUUUUUAUUAAAUUUAACUAUUUUAAGAAAAUUAUGCUUAAAAACAAAUUUUAAAAAAAAAUUAUUGAAAAUAUAUAAGCUUCAAGAGCAAAGAUGUCCACACGCAAUGCAAUCUCUAAGUUGCGUGGCCAAGAACAGAAGAUAUUAUACCCACAACCAGAGGGAACACUUGGUGAUUACAUGAUCAAACAUGGAACUGACUUGGGAGACGAUUCUACUUUUGGUCAGUAUAUUUUGCUAUGCUUUAAACAUUUAAUAAAUGAUAAUAAUUGAGAUAUAUUUACAAAUCUAAGGUUUUGAUUUGAUAUGUUAUCACUAUUUAUUAUUUAGUAAAUUUUGUCCUGAAUUUCCAAGUUGGAGACUAAAACUAUCUUUAACCAAGAUGUUGCAAUAGAUUUAUUCACUACUGGUAUUCAUUUAAGCCCACUCCAUUGUUAUGCACAAGUGCUAGACCUUCACCCCUAUGACCCCCAAUGUAGUAUGUAUUGUGACAGAUGUUACCCAAGUCACCAUAUUAUUUUACACAGAGACAAAUUCACUGAUAUAUUUUUUAUUAGAAGUUUUAAAAGAAAAGGAAAUCAAUGCUAUAAUUUAAAAUUCAUUAUUUGUUUUUUGUUUUUUUAAUUAACAGGUGGUUGUCUUAUUGAAGCUGGAGAGUCAUUUAAACACUUGGCUGAAAUCAAAUAUAAUCUUGAGGACAAUGUCAAGCAAAACUUUUUAGAGCCCUUAAAUCAGCUGCAAAAUAAAGACCUUAAAGAAGUUAAUGUAAGAUAUUUUAUAAUUGAAUACAAAUUUCUCUUUUGACUAAUUUUAAUGAUAAGCACUAUUUUUAAACUUGAACUACAGGGAAUAAGACACAUUUGUGCAGUGUUUUCAUUUGUUUCUAUAUUAAUAUAAACUUUUAAAAUUUUUAAUUACUAAGCAGUCCUCCCCGUAUUUCUCCAAUUACUAAACAGGAGGAUUCACAUCCCUGUCUGAUGCAAACAUUUUUCUUUUCAGCAUCAUCGAAAAAAAUUAUCAGGUAGAAGACUGGAUUUCGAUUGCAAGAGGAGAAAGAAAGAAAAAGGUAUGUAGAAGAUCAUGGAUGAAAAAUCACUUGAAUAAAUGUGUGUUUGCAUAUCUUUGUGUUUUCCAUAUUACAUUAUUUUCAACCUUCUUAAAUUAUUUUUUAUGUGUGAAUGUCAGAAUGUAUUUGAUGGGAUCUUUUAACUAUAUUGUAACUUAGUUUUUUAAAUGUUGUUUUCAUAUUAUUGUUCUCAAAGCUGUACUGUUUUUUUUUCCAAAGCCAAAGUGACAUUCCACUGUUGCAUUUUAUAGUGCAUGUCUUAAAAAUAUCAGUUUAAAAUUAAUUUACAUUUACAAAUUUUAACAUCAAUUCCUUUUUAACACUUUUAUUGUGUGAUUAUUUAAUACAAGUGUUUAUUGGUGAUAUAUUUACCAUUUAUACUAUUGUUCCUACUGCUUACUUUACACAGUAAAGAUCCCCUUAGAAUUUGUAAAUUCUUAAAUUAUUUUGAACUUGUUUGUAGUCACCAUUGUAAAAUGUAAGCAAUCCCACUAUUUUGAAAUAAAAAUGAGAAAAUAAAUAUAAUAUAUUUUUGUCUUAUGUGAUUAAUUUUAGUUUUACUAUGUGCUAAAAACAGCCAGUCACCCUUUAUUUUGACAAAUUAAGUACCCUCUAUGAAGUUAAAAAAUAAAUUUUAUCAUUACUUUUUACUUUUAAGGUUGUUAUGAUUUUUAUAAACAGUUUAAAUCUAUAAAGUCACUUUCAUUAUGUUGUAUGCAAAACAAAUUAUACUGUUUGAUGGGACUGUGCACAAUGCUAACAAAAUAUUAUAUCAUUGAAGCUUAAAUAAUUAUUACUUUUAGAUUUUUAAAAUUAUUUUAAUAAAAUUAUUUUCUGAAUGCUGUGCGUAUAAAAUUAAUUUAUUUUAUACUCAAAAAAGAUCUUCAGUGUUCAUAAACUUUCAUUAACUACUGAGUUUAUAUUGAAUUGUAUGCUUUGCACUUAAUACAUUAUUGCUUUUAUUUUCAUAUUCUGUUUCACUCAACGCUAGGAGGUAAGGUUAUAUUUGUUUUAUUCCUUAAACACUUUCAGAAAUGUAUACUUAUUGCAUAUAGUCAAAUAGUCAUGGAGCCUUAUUGCAUUUUUGCCAACAGAUUGCAACACUAAUGUUAUUAGUGUAUUAUUUAUUUUUAAAAAGUUAAUGAAUAGUGAUUAUCAUUGAUUCAAAAAAAAUAUAAUGAAUAUCUUGUAUAGUAAAAAAAAAAAAUUUUUAAGUGGAACAUGGGUUCCAAAGGGUCCCAACCAACUUUUUAACAUUAAAUUUAUAUUUUGUCAUAAGACUCCAUAAAAAGACUGUUUUGUUUUGCUUUCUUCUAAUUUGUGUUAUCUAUCAUCAAAACCACCUAGCUUUAACUUUUACAUCAACCAAAGUAUAAAUAUAUCUCGUCUUUUACUAUUAUUACACUUAUGUUCAGAUAGUUUUGGGAGUAUUUACUUGGGAGCAUAAGAAGUUUCAUGAACAAUUCCUCACGACUACCCACUCCCCUCCACACACAUGCAAAAUUAUUAUGGAUAUUUCAGUGCAGCAGUUAUUCUUCUUUAAAAAAAUAUAAUACUUUUUUCACCAAAGUUUACUAUAAAAUUCUCAUAUGUAUGGCUGGUCCAUUUAACUGUCAAUCUUUGCUGCAGAAUAAUGAAAAAUAUAUAGCUCUCUUUUACACUGUCUUGAAAAAUAGCUUGUUGGUAUACAACUCACUAUGGUAUUUCUGUCUCAUAAAUCACACAUUAAAUUAAAUCAAACUGUAUUCAUUGUUGGUAUGUCAACUUUCAAUCAUGUAAGACAUGAUUUCAUGCCUAUAUACGCCUUCUAAAGGAAAACCUAAUGGCCCAGAAGAAGGUGCUUCCUUUCAAAAUCCACGUACGUAACUAUGUCCUCUUUUACUUUAUUGGAAGUUAUUUUUUGGCUUACGGUUCUUUGAUUUUGGCCUAUAUUUAAAUUAACAGGAAUAAUAGGAAAUAUCUCAUCUUUUAAAACUAUAUUUUUUAACAAGUUAUAUGAUUUUUAAGUUUCUUUGAAAUUUAAAGAUAAUACGUAAAAGCACUGAGCUGUUUCAAAUUUAAUUUAAAAAUUAAUUGAAUUUCCUGUAAGCAUUUUCAGUACUUUUAUGUUUCUUUGUUCACUUCUUUUAAAUUUUGCGGGAAAAAAUGCACCUCUGCAAUGUAAGUAUUGCUGUCAUUUUAUGCAUUUCGUGACUGAUUAGAAUGGCUGUUGUUAUUUCUUAUUCAACUCCAAUUGUUUACAUCCCUUACCUUAUAUUGGUGGUAUCUUAUUUUCAUUGCAAUUAAUGGCCUAUUUCUUUUUGUGUGUCCGUGUAUCCAGCUGCAGGAGGUAGUAUGAUGUCUUGAUAAUUUUUGUUCUCUUUAUUUUAACCAAUAUUCUGUUGAAUUCAGUUUUAUGUUAUUAUCCAGUCUAAUCACCUUGCAUGCACAACUUCUGUAUAUAUGUAACUGGAGCUUUGUAAAUAUUUACUAGUUUAAGGACUAUUUUUAAAUAUUUUUUUUGCAUGUCAAUUGUUCAGAUGUUGUCUCUUUUAAAGCUAAUCAAACCUGAUAAUGAUUUUUUUCUUUUAAAUUUAAUCUACAAGAGUAUUUGAUACUAUUUUUUUUAAAGUUCUAUAAAAUUUGUAACGUUUGUUGAAUGAUUGAAACCUUCAAACUUUUGGUAUUAUUUGUAAUUCAAGAGCUUGCACCAUAAAAAAAACGUUCUACAAACGUUUAUAUUUCUAAAAUAAAUAUUAUCAAGCUUAAUUUCAACUCGUAACUUAAAUUUUUCUAAGUGUAUUUCUGUUUUUCUUAUUAUGCCUGUUCUGUAAUUUGUCUUGCAAAAGAGUUACUAAAGGCUAGCACUUUUAUUUUUUUCAACAGCAGAAGAAAUAUGUUUAUCAAUAUAUAAAUAAUUGCUUAAUUAUUUAAUCAUGAGGAGAUCAAAAGUCAAUAGUUAAUUGCAUGGUUUAAAUUAUAACCAGCUUCCUACAAAUUCAUACUAAUAAGACACUCUCACAAACUUGCAUAAAUGUUCAUCUAUAAACACUCAGCCCUACCCUCCAGUGUUAUAUACAACUGCUUUUUUAAUGAAUUCAUUUAUUAUGAUUCUGUCAAACUUACUAAAUGAAAUGGGCAUAUACAAUUUAGGACAUAAUUAGUAUUCAUUUCUUCUGUCCAGUGGAUACAUUUUGUUGUAUGCUAUUUCUCAAUAAAUGCAUUUAUCCCUUCUAUAAUCUUAUCCUGGACCUAUACUUCUCUAACUGUUUAAAACAUAAAACAUUUAUUUCAUUAUAUUAAGGAUGUAGAGUGGUUGGGGUUUUUCUCAUAGUUUUCCAAAUUCAUGAAGCCUCUGGGUUAUUGUGUCAAAUAAUUUCCUUAUUUUUUCAUCACAGUCUUAAAUUGGAAAAAAAAUGGCUCAUACAUUUGGUAAUGGUCUGUUUUAUUGAAUGAAUAAACAGAAAUCCCUAUUGAUGUAGAUGCUCCUACAGGGAUAAACUAACCAGCUGGCCAUAAUUCUGUCUAUCCAAUCUUUCAAAAUGCAAGGAAUGCACAGCAAUAUGUUUCUCAUGCAUGCACUUUUUCAAGACCACAAAGCUUCUGUUUGUUCAUCUUUAUUAUUUAUAAUGUCAUAGAACUCAUUUGUGUUUUAGGGUGUACUUAAAUAUGUUUUAAGUGGUGUGUCUGAGAGUAGGUCAAGUGGUUGUCUAGGUCAUUUAUGAACUCUCACAUAAUGAACGCCCCUCUGCAUGCAUUAAUAAGUUUUAAAAUGAACUAAAUUAUUUAUAUCUUUCCAGGAAAUGAGAUUUUAAGUACUUGCCAAACUUUUCAACUGUUUAUCCUUUCAUAGAAAUAGACAACUGAGACAUUUUUAAAAGAAAUUAUAAGUGAAACUUGGCUCAAUAAGUUGAUCAUUUUAAAUAAUUUUAUUUUUUUGUGUGUUUAUGUUAAGAUUCUUUGGGGUUAAUAAUCCAUCUGUUUAUAAACCAUUCUAAAAACAAAUUUGUGUGCUGUUUUCUAUUAUGUUAAGUAAUCUUAUUAGUUUAUGCUAAAUAACUGUUAAUGAUUAAGUUAAUUAGCAGUGUUGAAAUAUUAAGGAAUUAAAAGAAUAUCACAUUUUUGUUAUUGGCCUCAUAAAUUUUAUUUUCAAACACUUUGUAUUUUCAAGUGUUGACCUAAUUUUUUUAAAGGGUCCAAUGUGACAGAGGAAGAAUUAAGAGUAGCUGAAGACAAAUUUGAGGAAUCAAAAAAUUUAGCUGAAAAUGCUAUGCAUAAUGUAUUAGAAAAUGAGGUAAGCUGGUGUUAAUGAAUGAACAUUUAUCAUUUAAUAGUAAUAAAUAUAAUUUCAAAAUGUUCAUUUAAUAAUUUUAACUGUAAUAUAAAUUGAAAUCAAAGAAAAUAAUUUUUUUUUAAAAUGUCCUUUAUAAACGAUAAAUAUUUCAUUGGUUUUCUCUAAAGUUGUUCUCAAUGUCAUGGAACUGAAAAUUAAGGAUUUAUUAACUUUCAUUAUUAUAAUUUUAUUAUAUAAAUAUUCUUGGUUUAUUCAAUUUACCCAUUUUGUUUAUUACACAUGUAUUUUAUUAUUGACCUCAUUGUAUCGUGAGAGUAUCAUUUGAAAAUAAAAAUAUUCUGAGAAGGCUGAGAAUAAAUAUGUCUUGUUUUUUUUAAAUUGUCUAUAGGUGGAGUAUAUAAGCCAAUUGCAAGCAUUUAUUGAAGCAGAAGUAGAUUAUCACAGACAAGCACUAAACACACUCCAGUCUUUGCUAGAUGCUAUUGAGCAAAAGUGAGUAUAAUCUGAAACAUUUUGUUAUCAAUAUUUUUUGUCACCUACAUAAACUAUACCUGAUAGAUUAUGACUUAACCCUCAUAAUCUUUUCAUUCAAGGGUGUAAAACAAACCAGUGAAUCAUCCUCUUAAAAGCUCCUGAAUAAUUCAAACAAUUUUUACUACAUUUUAUUAUUUAUUUAUUUUUGUAAUACAUGCCUUUUAUGACUUAAAAUUUAUUUAUAAUUUUUCAUUAUAAUUAAAUACUACAUUCAGUAUCAUUGAAAAGAAAAAGACUAUCUCUGCAUAAAAGCUUGAACAAUUGUAUUAACAUUGUAGUAGAGAUUGAUGAAGUAAUUUUAAUUCUGGAUCUGAUUAGUUGGAAAAAGUAAUUUUUGAGAGUUUUCCUUAGAAGUUUCAAAUAAAAAUUCAAUUGUUUUGACCCUGUAAACUCUAAGAUAUUUGGGCGAGGGGAAGGGGGGCAGGCACAUUUAAUGCUAACUUUAAGGGUCUGCAGUUGAGUGUGGUGGGGGGGUGGAUUGAGAAGCCAUAAACAAGGUAUUAAUCAAAUAUCUGACAAUAUUGACAUUCACUUUACCUAAAUUUUAUGUAGAUUUAAAAUAGCACAAUAAAAUUCUGUUUUAGAUUUUAAAAAUAAUUUUUUAAAAUCUAGAAGAUAUGGUCAAUAUAUUCUUAUCUUUUGGUUGUUACUUUACUCUGCAUAAAUACGCUGGGAGAAUCAAUAAACCCAUAACACUAUUGUAAAUUCUAAAAAUUCGCAAACGGAUGUUGCAAAAGAAAAAUAUGAUGUUAUUUAAUUCAUUUUAAGCCCAUUCCAUUCAUAUUAGAUGCAAUUAAACUUAUUUCAAGCCCAUUCCAUUAACAUUAAUGCAGUUAAGUUCAUUUCAAGUCCAUUUCAUAAAUAUUAGAUUUAGCUUCAUACAAAAAGUUUCUUAGAAUGAUAAUAAACCUUACUAGCCUUUCAAUAAACUGUUUGAUGGUAAUGCAUUAAAAAUUCCUGCAAUUUUCCACUCACUUAAUCCCCUUAGCAAUCUAUUGUGGUCUUUGAAAUGGUGGAGAAUUUCAAAAUUUAAAUACUAAUUUUAAUUUGUGAUAAUUAACAGAUAGUUAUGUUUUUAAUAGCUAUGGGAAGGUCUUAGCAGCUUAAGUGGAAAUGCCUUAGCAGCUUAAGUGGAAAUGCUUGAAAUUAACUUAAUUUUGUAUAUAUUUUCUUUUGUAGCCUCAAUGAUUAGCAAAAUAGCAGCUUUAUGUGUGUAUGGUCUACACUUCACACAGAUAUAUAUUUUAGAUUAGACAAUAAAAAAUAUGCUUUCUUAUAAAUGAUACAUUAUUUUAAGGCGAAACGAAGCUUCAUCCAGACCAAGAUCAGAACACAUACCCAAGCGUGUGAGCUCUUUCAGGCGAAGCGAGUCACCAAAUUCUUAUGAUGGUCCUAGUGAUGGCCUAGAAACAAGUGGCAAGUCUGGUAGCUAUGCCUUCAAUAAUAUCCAGGCCCCAUCUUACCACCAGUCUGGUGAGUGUCCUGCAUUAGUGCAUUUCUGCAUUAUUGUAAUUUAUUUGAUACUUCAUAGCACUGCAGUUGAUAAUAGCAUUUUAAUAAAUUUUAAUAUAUUGUUUACAAAUAUAAAAUAAUGUCAUCAUAUUUUCCUUAAACAUAAUGAAAAUUGUAAAACUUUUAUUCAAGUCUUUAUAAAAGAUUUAAAAAAAAAUUGUAAUCAUGAAUAAAUUUGAUCGCUGCAUAGAAUCUAAUUUUGCAAUACAAUUUUUGGAUAAAUGUUUGCACAUUUGAUGCCAUACAUCAAUUGCAUAGACUUUGAAGUGUGUGAUAAUGAUAUAUACAGACCUGUUUACCCUUAAACCCCCAAAAUCAUACAAUAUAAUCACAAAAUCGUUCAAUACAUCAUCUUAAUAGUAAAAAAAAUAAACAUACAGUAUAUAUAAUGUAUACACCUCAAAAUAGUACAUUGUACGCCAAAAUCUUAACAGGUCUGUAUAUAUAUAAAAAUCCCCCCCCCCCCCCCCCCCUAAUAUACUGUUUGCAUUUUAACAAAAGUGAUUUUUUAUUUACAUUUCACAAGCAAAAUAAAUUUUAUUUUAAAUUUUAUUUUUAAGAAAUACUUGUAAUUACUCUUUAAAACUAUUUAGUGUGCCUUAACAAACAUUCUGUGUGUAUGCAUUAUGACCAGACAUUAUCCAUCUUAUCAUAUAGGUAGAAGUUGUAAAGUCAUAAUGAAUGUAAUAAUAUUGAAGUCUGAAGAUUUGCUUAUGGAUGACUUUAUACCAUAACAAUAUAUUAAAAUCUAAUGAUAAUAUCAAUAGCAAAUCAUCGCUAACAUGAUAACAGGCAUUGAAAUAGUAUUUUAGUUUUAAAAAUAAGUUUUUUUCUACAAAAAAUGUAAUUUAUAUUGUUACAUUAUUUAUUUUCAUAUUUGAAUCUCAGUACACAUUCAUAUAAUAGUAUCUCUAAACUAAUCUAAAGAAUAUUUUAUUGCAUUAUCCUGGCUUAUAGCAUAUGUUAAUAUUUAUGCAUAUGUAUUUCAAAUUUGUAUUUGCUUUAGCUAUCUAGAGGUUUUGGUUAAAAUGAUUGUGUUGAAAUGUUUUUGAAUUGCGUUGGCUUAUAAACACACUUUUUUAGAAAAGUAUUCCUUGAGUUUAUUCAAAGUAAUAUACUCAAAUAGAACACCUGUAAGUAGUGAGAAGAAUUUUUUUUCCUGAUUUAAUUAAAUGCCCUUUUUUUUAAGGCUAUGAACCAUAUGAUGAUCAGGAUCCUUUUGGGUCUUACGCUGGUAAGGACAAAAAUGGUGGGGAAGUGUCCAUAUUUGAUGUUAAAUAAGACUAGUGAAUUUUGGUUUCUUGGUAGAUGAGUGAUAUUUAUUAAAUUAAUGGAACUAUUAUUCAGUAUGAGAUGUGUCUUGGAUGUAUUUUAAAAAUUUGCAUGUGAAAAGGAUUUAUGUUUAGUCUUCAAUCUCUCUCAAGUAAGAUAACAAUGCAUUUUCUACAAAAUAUUAGGAUAUAGUGCAGUUUUUACUACUUUGAGAAAAUUUUCUGUAGUGAAAAGCAAAAUAAUGUCUGAAAACAAACACACUGUAAAUUGAAGUUUUUAAGUAGUACAUUUGGAAAAUCACAGGAGGCAAAAAUAAUAUGAAUGACAGGACUAGUCUAUUCUAAAAUUUACCAGUCAUAUAGUUACAACCAUAAUGUUUGAUGUGUUUAAGAUGUCUGUAGCCCCUUUUCACAAUCUGGUUUAUUGAAUUAGGUUGAGACGGAUCAGAUCUGGUCUUUGUUGAUUUAUAUUUCUAUGAUUUUUAAAGUUGUUGACUACUUCGUAGACCUCCAUCUCGUUAUUUUGAAAGCUUCACUCUGCCUUGUGACAUAUAUAUAUAUAGAUAUAUUAUAUAUCAGUUAGAUUUAAAAAAAACAAUGCACACUAUUUAAUUAGAAAACAUGAUAGUCUUAUAUUUUGGUCUUGAAAUAUCCAUCCAUUUCCUUAAAAUGUUUUCAUGGUUUGUAUGCUUCAUGUAUUUAAUUUGUGUCUGUAUACUGUGUACUUAAUUCUGCAUUUUUCUGUAUGGGCUCUCAAUAUGUAUUUUUAUGAAGUUAAUCAUAAUUUUAUUUAACUGUCUGUAAAUCAAUUUAAAAUUCAAUUUAGAUAUUUUAUUAUUAACUGGAAGUAAAUUGCAAGAAUGUUUUCUUACCUUUUUGUUUUAGCUUAGAGUAGAAGUAACCUAAUGUUUUAAAUCUAGAAACUUUAACAUGUAACAUCUAAUGUUUAGCCAAUAUUUUCUUUUCUUUGUCUUAAAUAUAUAUUUUUUUUAAAUGUAUUGAUAGGUGUUUUUUUCUGUUCUUUUAUGUCUCUGAAGAACUUUUUUUUUAAAUUGUACAAAAUAUGUAAAAAUAGUUAUAAGUAAAAUGGGUAAAAAUAGUUAUAAGGAAAGCACAAAAAAAUAGUAUUUAGGAUAUUUUAAUCCUAGACUUUUUAUCAAAAUGAAAACUGCUUUGAUCACUACUGCUUUUUAUGUUAAAUGCUUUUUUUUUUUUUAAAAAAAAAAAAAAAAAAAAAAAAAAAAAAAAAAAAAAAAAAAAAAAAAAUUUUUUUUUUUUUUUUUUUUUUUUUUUUUUUUUUUUUUUUUUUUUUUUUUUUUUUUUUUUUUUUGCAUGUAAAUAAAAGCCUAUAUCACAGCAGCUGACAUCCAAGCAUGCUACAUGUUUUAAAAAAAUCAAUGUUAAGCUUUGCAAACUGAUAAUUGAGAAAGUGCUGUUCAAGCAAAUGUCUACAUCAUGCACUAUUUAAAAAAGAGUGCACCUAUUCUUUCAUUAUUGUCUUUAUACUUGAAUUAGGUUAUUUCAUUAAUUCUUGGUACUACCAAAUCAUGGUUACCAAAUCAAACAUUGGUAAUUCAAUUAAAUCCAUUGCAUCAAAAAAAUUAUUUUGUUACUAAGAGAAUAAGACAUUUAAUAAAGAUAUUUAAAAAUUUUGCUUCAUACCAUUUAGAAAUGCAAAAAUAACAGCUUAUAAUCCUUUCUGUUAACUGGGUUUUUGGUUUUCUUUACAUUGUUUUUGCAUGUUUUACUCAUUUGGUCAAAUAAACUUUGCCAUAUUUUGGUACCAGGAAUUGCAGGCUUUUGGAAAUUCUUGUUGUCUUUUGAAUUGUAAUAUUUUUCAUGUGACGUACGGUGAGCCCAGGCCUAGGCCAAUGUAAUAAUAAUAAUUUUCCAUUUAAAAUAUAAGGUGCUUAAGGGAAAAAUCACAAUUUCAAGUUUCAAUGUUUGUUUUAUAUUUCAGUUCCUGACACAAAAAAAAAACCUAUGGCUAAAGCAUUAUACGACUUCAUUCCUGAGAACGAGGGUGAAUUGGGCUUCCAAGAAGGAGAUUUUAUUGAUCUUAUUAGCCAGGUAUGUGUCAUAUUGUUAAAAAUCAGAUAACUGAAGUAGCUAGCAUGCCAUGAACUUAAUAUAUAUGGGUUUUGUUUGUGGGUUUUGUGAUUAGCUUUUUAGCACAAAUAUUGUAGCUUUCAUUACAAUUAUUUAUUAUAUAUAGGACAGGUUCCCCAAACCUGUUUUAAGUCCCAACCCCAUUUUAUUGAAAGAAAAGUGACACACAAUAAAUAAAUAAAAUAAUUUUGUUUAACUUUUCUCUAUUCUGAUAUCCUUGAUACUGUUACUAUUAUUACUUGUCAGAAUGAUCAUGACCUGAGAGGAUAUCUUAGUGGAUAUCAGAUAGAGGUGAACUGCUAAAUUCUCACAACUGUAAUAACAUGAAAUUCAAGUCUUCAUAUUUCAAUUAUUUAUUUAUAUAUACACUUCUCAGACUAAGAUUCACAUAUGACAAAUAUUGGAAUGAUGAUUAAAUACAGUUAAUAAUACAUCCAUUUCUAUUUAGAAAAUAACAUGUGAGCCACUCAUACAUUGAAUUCUUCUUUACACGUGAGACAAAGAAAUUUCUAAUUCCUUUCCAUGCAUGCCACUAUGGCUGCUCAAGUAGUUCCUUACCUCUAUAAAUAGCUGCAUGUAUCACGUGAAAUUGUAAUUUCCACUCAUCAGUAAAACAACAUCAAAUAUCAUGUUACAAUGUGGUAAUAGAAAACACAUAAAAAAAAAGAAGUUUAUAAAUAGUAAAAUAAACUUUAUUAUGACACCAAUUAUAAUAGAAAAUUUCUUCCAAAUCAUAGUUUUAUUUUACUGGUUCAGAAAAGCCUCCACAAUCCUAUUUGGGGUCGCAACUAAUUUGUUGGGAAUAAGGGUAAUAUACAGGGUGUGGGCCAUGAAAAUGUAGCCAGCGUUUUGCAUAAGUAUGACAAGAUAAAUGAGCAAGAGAUUUAUUAAAAUCCACCUUACCCUUAAGUGAUGUCAUCAUCUGCGGUCCCAUUAUCUGCUUUAACUUGUUGGUAACAAUCCAUUUGCUCAUUCAUCUUGUCAUACCAUUGCCUGAAGAGAAGAUAAUUUUUCAUGGCAGCCCCAUAGUUUAAAUACAUUUUAUUGAAAACAUAUUUGAACUUCAUCAUAGAUUAAUUUAAGCUUAGGAAUAUUUUCUUUCUUUCAGGUUGAUGAAAAUUGGUAUGAGGGUUCAGUGAAUGGACAGGCUGGUUUCUUUCCUAUAAAUUAUGUUGAGGUCAUAAACCCUAUCUGAUGAAGAAAACUUCAACAUCAAUGCAAGCAUAUCUGCUAUCUUACUUGAUUAUUCCUUUUUUUAGAACUAUUUCUUGCCUUUCCCUUCCUUACAUAUGUUAUUUAUCAGUACAUGCUAUCAUUUUAUGCCACAAGAAUUCAGCCCUAUUUCACCUUAAGUGAAUCACAGCUGCAUGUCAUUUGCAUAGAAUUAUGAAAUGUGGUUAUCUAUCUAAUUUGUUUGAAAGAAAAGCAUGAUUUUCUAUAUAUUGACAAGAUAAAUAUGUUUACCAAAAGAAAUAAGCAUAGUAAUAAGAAUUUGACAUAAGGCGCCUUGGUUAUACCUGGCUUGAGCAAGGGUGCUUUGAAUCAAACAAUUUUGGAACGACUGACUUGAAUCAUUCAUAGUCUACUGAAAACAUAAAAUCCUAAUUCAAGAUAUACCAAUUAUAUUAGUUGGAUUUGAUAGUGGAAUGAAUUAACUAAUCUUUAAAUUUUGUUAAAGGGUGUUUUUUUUUUUUUUAAAUUGCUCAGAUUCAGUGGAGUUUUCUAGUUAAACUUCUUUGUAACUGUUGCAGAUAGUAAGAAACUCAUUUUUAAAGUCACACAUAAAGUUAAUAUUGGAAUUGUUUAAGCGUUUUCUUGUAAGGACUAAUUUAACCACUCAAUGUUAUUAAAGUUGUAAAUAUCUGUCAUACAGAACUGGACAAUUCUGAAACAAGUGCUCAUCUGAUACUUAUUUUACACACUAGCAAAGGAAAUCCAUUUAAUAAUUUUUUUUAAUUGUUAAAAUAAUUUAAAUUCUUUCUGUAUAUGGUAAACCAGUUAUAUUAGAUUACCUUUUUUAAAAAAAAACUUCUUUGCUCUCUUGUUAAAAGUAAAGUAGAAAAAUAAUUUGGUUGAAUUUUGUUAUUGGCUAGGAACAUGCACAGCUCCCAUAACAGUAUAUUUAUUUUCACUAGAAGUGCAAUAUUUUGAGUUGCCACCAAGAACUGAAAAGAUUUCUAAAUGAAAUGGUUGUAAACUUUGUUUUAUCAGAGAUUCUACUUAUAUUUAAUGUCUUAAUUUAUAACAUUAAUACUGAAAUGCUACAGUUCCUAUCAACACAGAUCCUUAAUUACAUCUUCAUAUUUUUUGGUCAUGAGUUAAGUUAUGGUAAUCUUAUCAUGUAUAUUUUCAGUUAACUAAGGAUGCUGACAUACCUUAUCUCAGGUUAUGUAUAAGAAAAUGCUAUGUGUAUUUUUUAAUAAAUGACAUUAACUGUUAGUGCUGAGAGACAAAAAUACCAUGUUUAGAGCUGUAUUUUCUCAUAUCUGUACAAGUUACAUUGUAAUAUUCUUCUCUAAUGAAAUGCACUCCACAUUUUUUUUUUGUAGUUGAAUGUUCAUUGGCAGCAAUUUGUCCAAAAGCAGUUUUCUGAGGUUCUUAAAUAAUAUAUAUUUAAAUAGUCAAAACUUGAUGAAUGUAUUAGGAUAUGACAUAGAUUUAAUUGCUUUGAGCUAAACUAUUCAAUGUUGAUUUAAAUACUUGCUGUGUAAGUUUCAAGAAAAUUUUCAAAAUCAUUUAUUCAAUUCAUGUAAUGUAACAAAUUAUGUCUAUUUUACCAAUAAUAUUAUGUUCCAUCAUGAAAAUGCAUUAAAUGUUGGCAUUUGUAUAAAAUAGACUGAUAAGAGUAAAUGUUUGAACUUCCUUUUUCAAAGGAAAACUGUUUCAUCUCCAUACUUAGAUUUAUAGUGUAAAGGGUUUUAAGUUUAUAUAUAUAUAUAACACGGCUGUCACGCUGAACAAGUGUGUAAGUGUAAAUGAUUACCUAUGCGAAUAGAAUUAAGCCUGUACUCUGAAAUGAUGUGGUUGAAAUCUCACUGCAAAAGAGUAUAUUGUAAACAGUUCAUCUCAUUUUGAUUUUCGUUUUGUAUAAAAAAACAUUUCAUGAAUAAUAUGUGUUUUGGACUGAAUGUUCAUUUUUAAAUUCCCUUUUUUGGCUUGUCAAUUUAAAAAUUUUUGUUAUGAGUUCUUGCCUAUUCUUCUUCUUCCUUUUUUUGGGGGGAUAGCUUAAAAAUAAUAAAUUGGCAGUUGCAUCAUCUUAAAUAUGAUAAUGUGGGUUUAUUUGUCACCCCCACCCCUUUUUUAAAUAAAAAUUAUUUGUUUUUAAUCUUCCAGAAAUGCUAUUAAUUUUUUUUUUAAACAUUUAUUUGCUCACUUACUUGCAAUAUCAAGUAUUCCACAACACCUGUAAAUUUCUUGUCAACAUUUCUUUGUAUAUAUUAUAAAAAUUGUUAGUAAAUAUUGUUGUAUGAUUUACAAGGUGUGAAUAUUUUGUGUAUAUAAUACUUGUGUUGAAACUUAGAUUUGUAAAUUUGCUAUAUCUGAAGCCUAAACCGCACACUGAUAUUGGUUUGGAAAGAAAUAGAGGUCUGAAUUGUAGCCCCACAGUUAAUUUUCAUGAAAAAAACAUAUCUUAAAACAGCUUUAAAAAAAAGACUGUUAAAAGAUAAUAGCAAUUACAUAACACAAAAUUUUUGUACUAAAUAAAUUUUAAAGCAACCAUCAAAAGCCCAGCAACAUCAAAUUUUUUAAAAUUUCAUUUUAAAGGAUUGAAUAAAUCCAUUUGUUUGAUGAUUUAUGUAGUAACAAAUUAAAAACCAACAAUUUUCUUGCAAAUAAAACAUCUGAAAUACCUGAAGAGAAAAAUACCUGAAAUAUCAAAUGUUUUAGCUGAUCAUUUAAAUAUCAUGACAGAAAGGAUGAUAAAUUAUUUACGACUCUAAAUAAAUGCCAUAACUCAAAUGAACUAAUGUAAUAUUCAACAGAAGUCAUAUAUGGUCUGGGCUAGUAUUAGCUGUGCUGGACCAAUAGAAAAAUGCCUGAAGUUUUAAACAUAUUGAAAGUAAAUUACCAUUUUCAAACAUCUUCACCUUGAGUUUCUAAAAUAAAAUAAUUUUUUUAGCCUAAAGGUUAAAAUUAAUUAAUUAUAUAUCCAUUCUUUGUGUUUAAAAUGUAUAGUAAUAAUUACUUACCUUAGCAGAAAGUUUUGCUAACAUGAGAUUACUGCAGCAGGCUUUGUAAAUAAUUCAGAAUAAGUCAAGUUUAAUUUAAAAUUGUACAUCGCUCUACAAUGAUAAGAGGCAUGAAAUAUCCAUAUAUUUCUGUAAUGCAGUGACAUCAUGUAUUUUUUUUUAUGCUGUUGGAAAUCUGUUCAACACAACAUUGUAAUGUAAUUAAUUAUUGUAUACCAAUUCACAACUUAGAUUUGUAGUAUUACUUUACUAAAAUUUCCAAGUUGCGAUAUUUCUGCUAUAUGACAAUUAAAUAUAUCCUGGAACUAUUACUCACUUUUUCGCCCUUAUUGAAAUAACAACCAUAAUUUUGGUCAUCGGCACUUGAGAAUAUAAAUAAAGGGGG